AGGUAAUGGGACGCGGCUUCCUGCACAGCCGCAGCCGGUGCCCUCCCCCCGUCGGGACCCCGCCAUGGACGCCGAGUCGCUGCCCUACGCGCUGGACCUGGUGGCCGGGGGCGGCGCGGGGCUGAGCUCGGAGAAGCGGGCGGCGCUGCGGGCCUCGCUGCUGUUGCUGCGCCGGGACUAUCGCUUCGAGCGGGUCCGGUUCUGGGGCCGCAUCCAGGGCAUCCGCGGGCCCUAUUACAUCGCCGAGGGGCUGGGGGGAGACCGCGCCGGGCCCAGGAGCCGCCUCUACAGCUUGAACUGUGUGGAGUGGAGUCUUCUGCCACCAGCUACUGAGGAAAUGAUCACACAGACUGCAGGGCUAAAGGGCUGUUUUCAGGGGGAUCCAUCUUAUGAGUAUGAUCCCACUGAGAAGAAAGGGGAAGAGAAUGAGAGAAUAUAUGAGGAGGAAGAUGGGCCCAUGAUCAAGGAGGAAAUCCGUCUUGUAUCUAUAAUAGAUCAGAUAGAUAAGGCCGUGGGUAUCAUCCCACGGGGUGCAUUUGUGAAGACCCCGCUCGGCCCUGUCCAUGAAAACAGGAAUUAUGAAGGUCUGUCUCUGACUGAGGCAAAAAAGUUAAAUUCCUAUUUCCACUUCACUGAGCCUGUUAACCUGAAGAACAGAACACUCCUGCAAAAGGCUGACCUCGACCCAUCCAUUGACUUCCUGGACUCUCUGGAGCAUGAUAUUCCAAAAGGAUCCUGGAGCAUCCAGCUGGAGAGGGGAGGCAGCCUGGUGGUUCUGAGGAGCUUGCUGUGGCCAGGACUGACAUUCUACCACGUCCCCAUGACUAAACAAUAUGGCUAUAUCUACCUUGGUACAGGUGAGAAGAACAUAGACCUGCCCUUCAUGCUGUGAAGUGCCCACCCAAGCUGAGGAUUCAAGGGAAGAGGUGUCACAUUUAGAUUUUAUACUUGGCGAUUUGCAGUUGUUUGUUCUAAUAAACCAGUGUGAAACCU